AUGUUGCACGAGGCCCCUAUUGCCGUGUGCCAGGGCUCUGGGUCCCUGUCGGUCAGAGUUCACUCAGACUGUGCGGUGAGGCUGGCGACGGGAGCGGAGAACCUUCUUUGUGGAGCUGGGUGUGCACGCCUGGCCCAGGAGCCUGGGGACAGUGAGGCGGCCGCAGGUCUGGCCAUGACUGCACAACACUCCCAAUGGGACAACCCCACCUGCACCGAAGGAGUGGUGUCCGUGCCCCGAGGGGAGCGCGCCGUGAUGGGCUGCAACAUCUCCAACCCCUUCCUCAGCGUGGCCGUCGCCCUGGGCACCCCCGGGGCCAGUGUCCAGCCGCUCUUCCGUGUGCGGUCCCCGGGGUGCUUCUGCCGGGAGGGGUGGCAGCUCCGGGUGCAGGGAGGCGUGGCCCAGCUGGUGAUCGACAACGCCAGCGACUCCCAGACUGGAUGCUACAAGUGGCACCUGCAGGGUCUGCAGAGAAAUAUCAGGGUCACCACACUGAACGUUUCAGGGGCAGUGUCCCAAGACCUGAAGGAGAGAGGACGUCUGCUCUUUGCAAAUCCCUGUGGCCCAGAGACGCCGUGCCCACCCGAGGCCGGAGACCCGCUCACGGUGGCCCUCGUGGUCAGCAGCAUCAUCGUCGGCCUCCUUUUCCUGGUUCUCAGCGUGUUAGCCUGCACCAAAGGCACAGGCCCCCCGUGCUACUCCCCCCAGAAGUACUCAGGACCCCAGGAGAGCUGGUUCUGAACUGGCAGAUGGAGGGCCUGUGAGGAGGGUGAUGAACGGGCCUAAAACCCAGAGCCGACCCCAGGAGUCCUGCCCACUCUGAGGCCACCAGCACCCGAAACCCGCCCCUCAGGAGUGGAGCCCCACGUGUCCCACCUCCACCCAGCUG